UGUACUCUGGCUUUGCUCCUAAGAACGGGUCCCUCAGCUGUGCUGCCACCAUGUCUUUCUGGCUUCCUAGUGGAUCCAGGCGGGUCUGCUCCCGAGCUAGUCCCAGUCUGCUGUCUGGUGGGGGAGUUUCAGGGAUUGGGAAUAUGUGUGGUGAUUCAGCAGUAGGAAACAGCUUUCCAUAUACUCUUGGGAGCAUUUCUUCUGGAGGAGCUUUCUGUAAUGGUGGAGGGUUAGGAAGUGGUGUCUUCACUGGCUUUCUUGGUAAUGAACAAGGUCUUCUCUCUGGGAAUGAAAAGAUGACCAUGCAGAAUCUCAAUGACCGCCUGGCCUCCUACCUGGACCAUGUGCGAGCUCUAGAAGAAGCAAAUGCAGACCUCGAACAGAGAAUCAAGAGUUGGUAUGAGAAAUAUGGGCCAGGUUCUUGCCGAGGACUUGAGCAUGAUUAUAGUCAAUAUUUCUUGGUCAUUGAAGAUUUUAAAAAGCAGACUAUUGCUAUGACCACCCGUAAUGCCAGCAUUGUUCUGCAGAAUGACAAUGCCAGACUGACGGCUGAUGACUUCAUGUUGAAGUAUGAAAAUGAGCUGGCCCUGCACCAGAGCGUGGAGGCAGACAUCAAUGGGCUUCACAGAGUGUUAGAGGAGCUUACUCUUUGCACAGCUGACUUGGAGAUACAGUGUGAAGCACUCAGUGAGGAACUGAUAUAUCUCAAGAAAAAUCAUGAGGAGGAAAUGCAAGUCCUGCAGAAUGCAGCAGGGGAAAACGUGAAUGUGGAAAUGAAUGCAGCCCCAGGAGUGGAUCUAGUCGUUCUCUUGAACAACAUGAGGACUGAGUAUGAGCACAUGGCAGAGCAGAACCGCAAGGAUGCAGAGGCCUGGUUUAAUGAGAAGAGAGCUUCACUGCAGCAGCAGACUUCUGAUGAUGAGGGAGCAGCUACAGCAGCUAGAAACGAAUUGAUGGAACUGAAACGGAAUCUGCAGAUUGUGGGAAUAGAACUUCAGUCCCUUGCAGCUAUGAAACAUUCCUAUGAGUGCUCUUUGGCUGAGACGAAAGGUAAUUACUGUCUUCAGCUCCAGCAAAUCCAGGCUCAGAUCGGAGCAAUGGAGGAACAACUGCAACAGAUACGAACAGAAAUGGAAGGCCAGAAGCAGGCAUACAAGCAGCUUCUUGAUAUCAAGAUACUUUUAGAAAGAGAAAUUGAAACAUACUGCCAGCUAAUAGAUGGAGAAGAAAGUAUAAGCAAAUCUACAAGUUACAAGGCAAAAGGAUGUGGGCCUAUAAAUCCCGAAAAUCAAGUCAAAGACUCAGAAGAAAUUGUUGUCAAAACAGUGGUCAAGGAACUAGAUCAACUUGGUAAAGUCCUUUCACUAAGGGUCCAUUCUGUUGAAGAAAAGUCCUCCAAAAUAAGCAACAUUACAAUGGAGCAAAGGGUACCUGCUAAAGCAUCACAAUGAGAAGGAAGUUACUUUUGAAAGUUCGACUUUGCAAAACCCUCUCAAUCAAACAACCCAAGGGAAUCAUUCAUUUCUAUUAAAAAUUAAUGGGUUGGGAUUUGCAUUCCUUCUCUUCUUAUUCUCGUGUUCUUUGCAUCUAAUCUUGGGGAGGUGAGGGAAGAAAAAAAAACUUGCUCUAUCUCUAGUUUUUGUUUGUGUUUUGGGGUGCUUUUUGCCAUUUCAUUAAAUUUUUUUCUCUGUUUCAA